UCUGAGAGCUUGAAGCCACCUUGUAGGGGCAGAGUUUUCUGCUGGUCCCUUGCUGGCUUUCUUUGCAUGCUGGCUUAGUCUUGGCGGGCUCCUGUCCUGACCUGACUGCUGUAAGGAAACAGGCUAGAGAUGAGGCUGCCUGCUCCUGAGCUGAGCACCCGAAAGCACCACUGGGCAGGCUGAGGGUACCAGGAGGGACUGCUGGACUCGCUGCAUCUCCCACACCAUGCGUUGCCUGGCUCCACGCCCUGCGGGGUCCUACCUGCCAGAGCCCCAAGGCAGUGGACAGUGUACCACCAUGGAGUUGGGGCCUCUAGAAGGUGGGUACCUGGAGCUGCUCAACAGCAAUGCCGACCCUUUGCAGCUCUACCACCUCUAUGACCAGAUGGACCUGGCUGGAGAGGAAGAGAUGGAGCUCUGCUCAGAAUCUGACACAGAUACCAUCAACUGCGAGCAGUUCAGCAGGCUGUUGUGCGACAUAGAAAGUGAUGAAGAGACCAAGGAAGCUUAUGCCAAUAUCGCGGAACUGGACCAGUAUGUGUUCCAGGACUCCCAGUUCGAGGGCCUGAGCAAAGACAUUUUCAUCGAGCACAUAGGAUUAGAAGAAAUGAUCAGCGAGAGUGUGGAGAUGCUGGAGGAAGCAGCACAAAAGAGUCAGAAAAGACCCUUCCCAGAGGAGCUGCCUGCAGACCUGAAGCACAGGAAGCUCGCCGAGCCCCUGACUGCGCCCAUGGUGACUGGCACUUUCCUGGUGGGGCCAGUGAGUGACUCCUCAGCUCUGCCCUGCCCAUCACCCGCUGCUCUGUUCAACAAGGAGCCAACAUCCGUCCAGACCCAGCUGGAGGAAACCGUCCUGACGCCUGCGCCCCCCUCCAGUUCCUUGCUGAGCUGCCUGAGUCUCCCUGCGGGGUCCAUCCACAUCAUCCCCACCCUCCCUGCUCUGCCCCAGGGGCUCUGGCAAAUCUCAGGAGCCGGGACAGAGGCGUCCAGUAUACUCAUCUACCAAGGCGAGAUGCCCCAAGCACCCCCUUCCAGCAGCCCAGCUAUCCCCAGCCUCCCGAAGUCCCCAGACCGGCCUGGCUCCACCAGCCCCUUCGCCCCGGCUGCAGCUGACCUUCCCAGCAUGCCGGAGCCAGCCCUGACCUCCCGUGCAAACAUAACAGAGGAUGAGAUGUCCCCCACCAAAUGCCGGGCAGUUCGCAAGGUCUCCAGCAAGCUUCCAAAAUAUCCUGAGUGUGUGGAGCAGUUUUGCUGUUCACUACGGGACAAGUACCAGGCCAAGCCCGCAGGCCAGGAAGACAUCCUGGUGGAGGUGGACUUGAUGAGGGCCCGGCUGGAGAGGAGCAGCAGCAAGAGCCUGGAGAGGGAACUGGUCAUCCUGGACUGGGCAGAGCAGCAGCCAGCCCGCGAGGGUCUGGCUGGGGUGCUGCUUGCUGCUAGCGACUGCCGGCGGCCGCGUGAGACACAGGUGAUUGCUGUGCUGGGCAAGGCAGGACAGGGGAAGAGCCACUGGGCCCGGGCAGUGAGCCGGGCCUGGGCCUGUGGCCAGCUGCCACAGUACGACUUCGUCUUCUACCUGCCCUGCCGCUGUUUGGACCGACCAGGGGACACCUACCGCCUGCAGGAUCUGCUCUUCUCCCUGGGCCCGCAGCCACUGCCGGGGGACAGUGAGGUCUUUGGUCACAUCCUGAGGAGGCCUGACCGCCUCCUGCUCAUCCUGGAUGCCUUUGAGGAGCUUGAAGCCCAAGACGGCCUCCUGCCCGGUACAUGUGGACCCAUGUCGGCGGCAGAGCCCAGCUCCCUCCGAGGGCUGCUGGCCGGCCUCCUCCAGCGCAAGCUGCUGCGAGGCUGCACCCUGCUGGUCACGGCCCGGUCCCGGGGCCGCCUGGCUCAGAGCCUGAGCAAGGCGGACGCCCUGUUCCAGAUGGCGGGCUUCUCGGCCCAGCAGGCUGAGACCUAUGUGGAGCGCUACUUUGAACAUUUGGGGGCCACUCACCAGCAGGAAAGAGCCGUGGCGCUCCUCCGGGGCCAGCCCCUUCUUCUCAGUCACAGCCACAGUCCCACUGUGUGCCGGGCCGUGUGCCAGCUCUCGGAGGCCCUCCUGGAGCUGGGAGAGGAGGCCGAGCUGCCUUCCACACUUACGGGACUCUAUGUUGGCCUCCUAGGCCCAGCGGUCCGUGACAGCCCCCACGGGGCCCUGGAGACCGUGGCCAGGCUGGCCUGGGAGCUGGGCCGCAGACACCACAGCGCCCUGCGGGAGGACCAGCUCCCAGAGAAGGUGAGGGCCUGGGCUGUGGCCAAAGGCUUGGUGCAGCCUUGCCCUGGGGCUCCAGAGACCGAGCUGGCCUUCCCCAGCUUCCUCCUGCAGUGCUUCCUGGCGGCCCUGUGGCUGGCCCUGAGCAGUGAGAUCAAGGACAAGGAGCUGCCACAGUACUUGGCACUGACCCCGAGGAAGAAGAGGCCCUAUGACAACUGGCUGGAGGGCAUGCCGCGCUUUCUGGCCGGGCUGGUCUUCCAGCCUCAUGCCCGCUGCCUGGGAGCCCUGGCCGGGCCGGUGGUGGCCAGUGUGGUGGAUGGGAAGCAGAAGGCGCUCACCAAGUACCUGAAGCGGCUGCAGCCAGGGUUGCUGCAGGCCAGGCGGCUGCUGGAGCUGCUGCAUUGUACUCACGAGGCGUUGGACGCUGGCCUUUGGCGGCAUGUGGUACAGGGGCUCCCCGCCAACCUCUCCUUCCUGGGUACCCGGCUCACACCUCCGGACACCCACAUCCUGGGCAGGACCUUGGAGACAGCGGGCCGUGACUUUUCCCUGGACCUCCGCAGGACUGGCAUUGAUCCCUCUGGACUCAGGAGUCUCGUGGGACUCAGCUGUGUCACCCAGUUCAGGGCCGCCUUGAGUGACACGGUGGGGCUGUGGGAGUCCCUACAACAGCAUGGGGAGACCAAGCUACUCCAGGCGGUAGAAGAGAAGUUCACUAUUGAGCCUUUCAAAGCCAGUUCCAUGAAGGACGUGGAAGACCUGGGCAACCUUGUGCAGAUCCAGAGGACAAGAAGUUCCUCAGAAGACAUAGCCGGGGAACUCCCCGCCAUCCGGGACUUAAAGAAGCUGGAGUUUGCGCUGGGCCCUGUCGCGGGCCCCCAGGCUUUCCCCAAACUGGUGAGGAUCCUGGAGGCCUUCUCCUCCCUCCAGCAUCUGGACCUGGACUCGCUGAGCGAGAACAAGAUCGGUGAUGAGGGUGUCGAGCAGCUCUCAGCCACCUUCCCUCAGCUGAAGGCCCUGGAAACGCUCAACUUGUCCCAGAACAACAUCACGGAUGUGGGCGCCUGCAAGCUCGCCAAGGCCCUGCCCUCACUGGCUGCAUCCCUCCUCAGGCUGAGCUUGUACAAUAACUGCAUCUGUGACGUGGGAGCCAAGAGCCUGGCACACGUGCUUCCGGACAUGGAGUCCCUGCGGGUGCUGGAUGUCCAGUACAACAAGUUCACAGCCGCCGGGGCCCAGCAGCUGGCGGCCAGCCUGAGAAAGUGCCCUGAUGUGGAGACACUGGCGCUGUGGCCACAGCCAAGGUCCUUAGCAGCCCCACUUAGCUCUUUCUCCCAGGACACAGCAUCACCCCCCCUCCCCCCGCCAGGCCCCUCGAAGGUCCCCACUCCCCUUGCCCUUCUCUCUGUCCAGCUGGUGCCAGUGUGUCUGCAGUGUCUCAUACUCCCAUGCCCAUCCUCCGCCCCAGUUCUGAGUCUCAUCUUUGCCAGUUCAGACUAUUGCUUCUGCAAACGUCAUCCAGCAUCAUAUGAAACUGCUGUUAAACACCCAACACGUCUUGUUCAUCAGGGCGCUAUUGACAUUUGGGGCAGAUGAUUCUCCGAUGUUGGAGGGCUGUUCUGGGCAUUGUGGGAUGUUAGUAGCAUCUCUAGCCUCUGACCACUAACUGCCAGCAGCAUCCCCAGGUACAUUAACAACAAAAAUGCCCCCUUGCUCCAUUUCCUAAGACCGCCCAAGGGGGCAGAACUGCUUCCACUGAGAACCACGCAUCUCCUGCAGGUGGAGGCUGCCAGCAAGUGCUAGGAUCACCUCCCAAACAAACAACUUGCACUUGAAUCAUCAUCCCGGGUCUGCUCACAGGAGAGCACACCUGAGAUGGAGCCUUACGCAGGUGAUUUCAUUCCACCUUCCUAACAACCCAGGAGUUAUAUACUAUUACGAUUCCAUUUUACAGGGAGAGACACUAGAGAGGGUGUAAGGAUGCCUACCUACCCAGGGCUUUGUCCCACAGGAGAUCUCAAAGACUAUCAAACCUUGUACCACCCGUGUGCCAGGUCCUGAGCUGGGUGCUGGGACCCCAUGAGGAGUGCAGCUCCUGCCUUUGACACAAUAUAGUGAACAAUUUCAGCCCAAGGUAAUAUACCUGACAACAGGAGGAGGCACAGGGGAUGCACGGAGCUCAGAGUCUGGGAAAGGCUGUGCACAAAAGGCAUGCCAGAUAGAGGUCAG